AUUGAUGCGAGUGAUUCAACUAUUUUCAUCACACACUACAUAAUCUUCUCUAUUUUCACUCAUUGAUUCCAUUUUGGUCUCCCCUUGAAUAAUUUGAAUUAGUAGUAUUGGUUCGAAGGGGAAGUUGAAUAUAAGAAUAUGGAGGGUUUAAACAUGAAAUACCAUUCUUUCACAAGUGUAGUUUCGUUGUCGUUGUUGUUGUUGCUUUGUAGCACUACAACUACAUGUAAAGCUCAACUCUCUUCCACUUUUUACGACAGUACUUGUCCUACCGCUCUUUCUACUAUCCAAACUUCAAUAAACGCAGCCAUCUCACAAGAAACUCGUAUGGCUGCGUCUCUCAUUCGGCUUCACUUCCAUGACUGCUUUGUUCAGGGCUGUGAUGCAUCAAUUUUACUUAACGACACAGCCACAAUCACAAGUGAAAAGGCAGCUUUACAAAAUGUGAACUCUAUAAGAGGUGAAAAUGUCAUUGAAGAUGCAAAAGCCCAAGUGGAGAGCGUAUGUCCCGGAGUUGUAUCUUGUGCUGAUAUUCUUGCUGUUGCAGCUAGAGAUGCAUCUGUUGCUGUGGGUGGUCCAUCUUGGACAGUGAUGCUUGGGAGAAGAGAUUCAACUACAGCAAACCUCGCCGAAGCUAAUAGCGAUCUUCCACUUUUCACAAAUACCCUUCAAGAAUUGAUUGACAAUUUUUCAAACAAAGGCCUCAAUGCCAGAGACAUGGUUGCCCUAUCAGGUUCGCAUACUAUUGGACAAGCUCAAUGCUUUACGUUCCGUGACAGGAUAUACAACGCAACUAACAUCAAUGCAACCUUUGCUAGCAAUCUUAGAAAUGGAUGCCCUCAAAGCGGCGGAAAUUCAAAUUUGGCACCACUUGAUACGGUGACACCCAAUGCAUUUGACAACAAUUACUUCACAAAUUUGGUCGAGCAGAAGGGUCUUCUGGCUUCGGACCAAGUCCUCUUUAGUGGAGGAGAAACUGACAGUAUUGUCAAUGAGUACAUCACCACUGCUUCCACUUUCAACUCUGAUUUUGCUUCGGCCAUGGUUAAAAUGGGAAAUAUUGAGCCUACCACUGGUUCAGCUGGGGAGAUCAGGAGGAUUUGUAGUGCUGUUAACUAAUUGUUAUGUUACGUUGAAAGCAUCAUGGUUUAAUUAUGACCAAGAAAAAAGUAAUUAAUACUUGAUGCCUAUAUAUGUCUUUCAAAUUACUAUAUUUUGUAACUUUAUAGUAAUUGGUGAACCAAGUUUAUACGUGCGAAAUUCUUAUAGACUUAUAUAGUUUGUAAUACAAUCACAAACGACGUUAACGUUUGUGAGAGAUGGAUUAUAAUUACUUGUGUAACACACUUGGAAACAACGUGAUGUUCUUUAAAUAUCAUCAUUUUUAUACAAA